CCCACGUCCACGAGUUCCCUGGAUGCCCAUUGGUGAAUGGUGCUGGUCUGCCAGCGCGCGGGCGUCGGCGCGGGCGUUCGAACCGGCGCUUGGCGGUGUUACCAUGGGGAUGCGGCCUGGCGGCAGGCUCAAGCUAGUGAGCCGACAGCACGCCUCGGUCGCCCGCCUUGGGGCUCUUUCCUGUCAGCGUUUUCUCCUGUCUUCAGACAGGGUUGAUCGAGGAGGAAUUUGAAAGCCUCCGAGAGUUUAUAGAAACCCAUUCACAAAAAUGACAUCCUGGUUAUAUGAAUGUCUUUGUGAAGCUGAACUAGCACAGUAUUAUCCUCAUUUUACUGCCCUUGGCCUUCAGAAAAUAGAUGAAUUAGCCAAUGUUACAAUGAAGGACUACUCCAAAUUGGGAGUCCAUGACAUGAACGACCGCAAACGUCUCUUCCAACUUAUCAAAAUCAUUAAGAUUAUGCAGGAAGAAGAUAAAGCAGUCAGUAGCCCAGAGUAUCCUCUACAGACAAGCAGUCUGUGCAUCAAGCCUCAGAAAUCUAGAUCUGGCCCUCGAAGGCAACUGCAUUUUGAUUCCCCUGCUGACAACAAAGACAGAACUACCAGCCACAAUCAGUUUGAACUGUGCGAUUUAUCACAUUUAUCUGCAAGUGAACAGAAGUCUAGUUACCUAAAAGUACUAGAGCAUUUGCUACCAGAUGAUUCCCAGUACUGUACAAAAACAAGAAUUCUGAAUGCCACAGCUGCUGAUUCCUACCUACAAGAAGAAACUAACACUUCACUCUUUUCAUCAAAUCACUUUUCUCCAAUACAGGGAGAUUGUGAUAGUCCCGUUAUGCAAAGAGUCUCUCAUGUUUCAGGGUAUAACUAUGGAAUCCCUCAUUCUUAUAUCAGCCAGAACCCCUCAGAGAAAGAGAAUCCUUGGACUGAGAUGGAGAAAAUCAGAGUUUGUGUUCGAAAACGCCCUCUGGGCAUGAGGGAGGUACGUCGUGGAGAAAUUAAUAUUAUUACUGUAGAAGACAAAGAAACUCUACUUGUUCAUGAGAAGAAAGAAGCAGUUGACCUCACACAAUAUAUUCUGCAGCAUGUUUUUUAUUUUGAUGAAGUCUUUGAUGAGGCGUGCACCAAUCAAGAUGUAUACAUGAAAACUACUCACCCACUCAUUCAGCAUAUUUUCAAUGGAGGCAAUGCCACUUGCUUCGCAUAUGGACAGACAGGUGCCGGAAAGACCUAUACCAUGAUAGGAACUCAUCAGAACCCAGGACUGUAUGCUCUGGCUGCCAAAGAUAUCUUCAGACAACUAGAAGUGUCCCAGCCAAGAAGACACUGUUUUGUGUGGAUCAGCUUCUAUGAAAUCUACUGUGGGCAGCUUUAUGACCUCCUAAAUAGAAGAAAAAGGCUCUUCGCAAGAGAAGAUAGCAAGCAUGUGGUACAGAUAGUGGGACUGCGAGAACUUCAGGUGGAUAGUGUGGAGCUUCUCUUAGAGGUGAUCUUGAAGGGCAGCAAGGAGCGCAGCACUGGGGCCACUGGAGUUAAUGCAGACUCCUCCCGCUCUCAUGCUAUCAUCCAAAUUCAGAUCAAAGAUUCAGCCAAGAGGACAUUUGGCAGGAUCUCUUUUAUUGACUUGGCUGGCAGUGAAAGAGCAGCAGAUGCCAGAGACUCAGAUAGACAGACAAAGAUGGAAGGUGCGGAAAUAAACCAGAGUCUUCUGGCUCUGAAGGAAUGUAUCCGUGCAUUGGAUCAGGAACACACUCACACUCCCUUCAGGCAAAGCAAAUUAACUCAGGUUCUGAAGGACUCUUUCAUUGGCAAUGCCAAAACCUGCAUGAUUGCCAACAUCUCGCCAAGCCAUGUGGCCACCGAACACACUCUGAAUACCUUGCGCUAUGCUGACCGGGUCAAAGAACUAAAGAAAGGCAUUAAAUGUUGCACUUCAGCUAGCAGUCGAAAUCGAACAUCUGGAAACUCUUCUCCAAAACGAAUUCAGAGCUCUCCUGUGGCCCUGCCAGGGGACAAGUGUUCUCCCAAAAAAGUCAAGCUGGGGCUCCAACAGUCGCUCACAGUGGCACCUGGCUCCACAAGAACGAAGGCCCAUCCUCUGGCCAGUCACCCAGCCAAUAUCCCUUUUGCUUCUGUACCUAAGGUUCCUGGUAAAAGGGGUGGCUCUAGAGGGAGUCCUCCCCAAGAGUGGGUCAUUCAAACUAGCUCCAUCAAAGGAACCAUGCGGUCUGGACAUUUAGCCAAAAAAAGGGCAGAAGAAUCAGCUGCAUUAUGCUCUGAGAAAAAUCCAAUCGGCAACAAAACUGCCCUCGGGUGGGGAAGCAGGGCCUCUGGCCCAGGAGGAGAAGCAGUCCGUGGUAAGCUGCCCUCCCGGUGCAAGAAAGCGCAGACUGUGCAGCCAGUGCAAAAGCAGCUUGUGUCACGAGUUGAGCUCUCCUUUGGCAACGUCCACCACUUAGUCGAGUACAGUCAGGGCAGCAAGGGGGGCACACCUACCAGGCCUGCCUCUGAAGCUUGGACAAACAUCCCUCCGCAUCAGAAGGAGAGGGAGGAACAUUUGCGCUUUUAUCACCAGCAGUUCCAGCAGCCACCUCUCCUCCAGCAGAAGUUAAAGUACCAGCCACUGGAAAGGUUUUUAUGCCAGUCCCGGCCUCCGGAGGGGCAGCUCCAGAAUGACACCCCUCCUCCCUUCCAUUCUUGUUGUGAGAGCCAUGAUGGAGCCCAAGCUGAGGACCUUGAUGACAGCGAUUUCAGUGAAGAUUCUUUUUCACAUGUCUCCUGUCAGAGGACCGCAAAGCAGGGAAACACCCUGGAGAAUAGCGAAGGCUCGUUCUUCCUUCAUCAGAGGGAGCAAGGUCCUGAGGAGCAGGUAGCCGAAAGGCGGCAGAGUCUGUUUUUUAGCCCCAGGACAGAAGGUGACGAGAAGGGUCUAACUGGAAGCUGGAUGUACUCCAGGGACCCCGCAAGCCACAGGAUAGCACUUGAUCACGGCCGCAGCCCAAGUCAGGUGCCCUUGGACUGGAGCAGAGAGGAGGACUCCACCUCCUCAGGGCCUCCUCCCAGAGAAAACCUGGCAGAGAAGCCUUACUGCUCACAGGUAGGCUUUGUGUAUAACCAGAAAAGGGGUGGCAGCCCAGCCUUUGACCUCAGACAGGAUGCCUUCAAAAAUGAGGCUCCUCGGCAGGCUGAGGGCAGCUCACCAUCCCUGGAGGAAGAUGGUUGCACUUUCUCACUAUCCCACGUCACAGUUCCUGGAUCCCCAGACCAAAGAGACACAGUGAGCACACCUCUGAGAGAAGUCAGUGAAGGUAGCCCAACUGUGGCGACCAGAACAAUGAAAAACAGUAACCCUUUCCAAGGAGAAGACUCUAGAGGGGAAUUAGGCACAUGCUCUGAGCAUGCUUCUGGACUGAUGGCUUCCCUCACCGUGUCUCUCCUGGAGAGCCCGGACGAUGAGGGCUCUCCCCACUUGGAGCAGUCGGCCCAGGAUGGAGCUGCGCACAGUCUAGCGGCAGCAGACACAGGGGGGCCAGCUGUGGGCCACACAGUGUCAUCUGGUGAUCAAGAGGCAGACCUGCCAAUGUCUUCAACAUCUGAGCACCUGUGGCUCUCAUCAUCACCCCCCGACAGUAAGCCUGGGGGUGAUCUUCCAGCUCUGUCCCUGUCACCCAUCCAUCAGCACCCACCUGACAAGCUGCCCAACAGGGAGGCUGACCUGGGGGAGCCCUGUCAGAGCAGAGAGACUGCACUCUUCUCCCAGCGGCACUAUGAUGGCGAUGCUGAGACAGAGCUGGGCUGCUCCCAGGGUUUCCCAGAAAAACCCUUCCUCACCAUACAUACUGGGGGACCCCACUCUGGGCCUACACUCACCCCCCAAGCAGGAAGUAGUGAUGUGGCCGGCCAGCCCUGGGCCCAGGAGAGAAAGCACCUGGCAGGGCUUGGCUGGCAGGAGCUGGGUUUGUCCACAGACCCCAUCAAGCUGUCUUGCUACAAUGAGGACAUCGCGUGGCUCAAACGCAGGCCAAUCCCAAGGUACUUAGCAAGGCUAGGCUCUCCCAAGACUGCCAGGACACUCCGUCAGCCCGUCCUGGGGCACGCACAGCAGGUACUCAUCCGAGCACACCAGGAACAGCUGGAUGAAAUGGCCAAGCUGGGCUUCAAGGAGGAGACCCUGAUGAGCCAGCUGGCUCCUAAUGAUUUUGAAGAUUUUGUGACCCAGUUAGAUGAAAUCAUGGCUCUGAAGUCCAAGUGCAUCCAGAGUCUGAGGAGCCAGCUGCAGCUAUACCUGGCCUGCCACAGGCCAGCUGCGGCCCCUGAGAGGACAGCGGUGUCUUAGAGCAAGAUCCAGUAUGUGGUGGCUGGGCUCUCGAGCUGGAGGGGCCUCUGCCAGGUCCCCCUACAGAUAUCAGAACCCACUCCCUGGUCCUGCCCAUGCUGGCCUCUUCCUAGCCACACGUGGCCUUGGCUGGGUCCCAGCUCCUCUCUCAGGGCCAAGCAUCUGUCCCUCAAUUCUAAGCACAGGAGUAUCUGUAAGGAAGGACAGAUCAGCCUGAAAAACUUAAUAGGCCCCUCCCUUUUCUUUGGGGCUGGAGGAGGAUUUGCCUUUACUGACCCCUUGUCUGUGGAAACACAGGUCUAAUAACCCUGUAGAUGUUUCUAAAUUUGGGGAUCAGUGGAUGGGGGGAUGGUCAGUGGUAACCUAGAGGUUGUGUUGAGGUCACAAGCUAGGGAAGAUAACAUGCUGAGCCCAGAGGUUUUAUCAGCUGGAUUCUGUGCCUUUCUCCAGGACUUGGUCAAAAACGAAAACAUUGGUGCUAGUGGGGCAAGGGAGGGUGAGCUCUGCCCCAUCAGCCCUUGGAGAUUGAUUUGGGACUUCAGUUAGCUUUUGAAAAUGUAAAAUGAAUAAACCUUGAUUUGAUGUCUUUAACA